AAGAACAGGAUAAUGGACAAGGCGGUAAUAACCCAACAAAAACCCAGCACUAAUCAAUUUACAACAAUGGUGAAAACUUUGGUUCCCUGCGAAGCAAACCCUAAUUUUAACUCAGUUCUCCUCUCCACAUCUGGUGCUCCAAUCACCUUGCACCACCUAUUCAAGAAAACCCAAUUCGAAUUCUUUAAGUCUGACCUGAUCAGGGUCAUCUUGUCGGUGAUAAUCUAAGGGUUCUCUGAGGAUUUUCGUUGCCUAGCUUACCCAUAAAGCUCUCUUUGUGGGCAAAUAUAGGCAGCGCUAGGAUUGUUUUUAGCCGUGAUUACGAUGGAGGGUUUUGGAGGCUUGGGAUUCAAUGAUGUAACCAAUGCUGUGAGGAAGAAAAGGAGUAACACAUCUCGUCGUCCUCGGAAUGAGUCACCGCUGCCUUUCGAUAAUCGAGAUACCAUGUCAUCAACGCCUCCUUCAGAAGAUGUAAGCAAAUUGUCAAGUGAUGAUAAUAACGAUUAUGGUUCAAUUACUCAAAAGAGGGAUAUCAAUCUGAACCUAUGCAGUGCAAGGGCUUCAUUUAGUAACAUUAUUGAAGCUGAAUCUGCCCAGAAUAUGAAUAAAAGUGAAGGAGGAGGAUCCGGAGAAUCUGAUGAAGCUUCCAAUGAUGGUUCUUUUCGAGGCAGUAACGACCAUAGGCAUAGGGAGAUUGAUUCACAAAGGUCCAGCAAGGGUGCACUUGCACCUGCUAAUUGGAAAGGUACAAACAAGGUUGGUCCUUUUGGAGUUGUUUCAGAUUGCUCAGAGAAUGAGAAUAAAGUGAAAAUGGUUAAGCUUAAAGUUGGUAAUGUUACACGCACAAUUCAGGCCAAGCCUACAUCUGAUGGUGCAUCUGCUGUUGGGUCGUCUUCUAUAAAAUCUUCUCAUAUUUCAGAUGCCCCUCGACCACGUCAGAAGUUGAUUCUUCAGGAGAACUCAGAUGACAAUCGUUCCUUUAGUUCAGAUAAAGGAAGUGGGUUACGAGGAGUCCCAUGGAAGGAUUUAUCUAAAAGCGUCACUGAUGUUGGGAAGGCUGAUUCUUCAAGGGGUGGGAUGCCUGAAGAACCUGUUCGCAAGAGCAAACGGGUCCCUAAGAGACGCUUGUUGGAUGCAGUUGAUGAUGGAGAUGAUGAUGACGUGGAAGUUCGAUACCUUGAAAAACUCAAAACAUCUAAGAUUACUUCAGAUCACAGUGUGGAAUACAAUGAAGAUGAGGAAAGAAAAAGCAGAAAAGAAAGGAAGAUUUCAACGGUGAUGAAGGGGAGUGGUGUUGGCCAGUUCAGUGUAGAUUUGGGAGGUUAUGGCAUCUCAAAAUCAGGCAAGGAGAGUAGGAAGUCUAGAGGAGGAAGAAUAUCUGAUGAUACUGAUUAUGAAGAAGAGGAAGAACCUGCCUCUGAUGGCGAGCCCAGUACUAAGAGGAAAAAAUUGAGAAAGGAGUUUGUUGAAUCAUCCUCAUAUAAUAAGGAGAUGACAGUCACUACUCGUCAAAGGGCUCUUAAAACUGGAAAUAAUGUCGCUUCCAGCUUAGGUGCAAGUCCAAUUGAGUUCCCCAACGGGUUGCCCCCUGCUCCACCAAGAAAGCAAAAAGAGAAACUCUGUGCACUGGAGCAGCAAAUCAAGAAAGCAGAGGCUGCUGAGAGACGUAGGAUGCAAGUAGAGAAGGCAGCUAGAGAAUCUGAGGCUGAGGCAAUCAGAAAGAUUUUGGGCCAAGAUUCAAGUAGGAAGAAACGAGAAGACAAGAUAAAGAAACGGCAAGAAGAUCUGGCACAGGAAAGGGCUGCAAAUGCUUUCAUACUUCCAUCAGAUUCUGUUCGAUGGGUGAUGGGUCCAUCAGGAUCGAUCGUCACUUUCCCUGAUGAAAUGGGCUUGCCAGCUAUAUUCGACUCCAAGCCUUGCAGUUACCCUCCUCCUCGUGAGAAGUGCGCAGGGCCAUAUUGUAGAAAUCCAUACAAGUACCGUGAUUCGCAGUCAAAGCUCCCUCUGUGCAGUCUCCAAUGCUACAAGGCGAUACAUGAGAAAACGGCCCCUCUAUCUGCCUGUUAAUUUGGUGAAAUUGACUUUUGCAGAACCUCAGGACAUUGGGACAAUGCUGCAGCAUUUCAUGUGUACUUUUAAUUCAAUAUAUAUAGUAUGUACUGUAUAUAUAGAUGGAAGUGAUACAAUUUUUAUAUACACAACUCAUACUUAAACAACUGCCUAUUUCAUAGAAAAUUCGAAGCUUC